ACAGCAUAAACCAACGAUUUUUUUCCUUCUACCCGAAGAUUCCAAGAACCAAAGAGGAAUAAUUCUUCGACGGCCAUGCUCCAUGACAAGUUCACUGCAUUGUGUUAUCCGCAGCAAUGCUAAUCCCCAUUAAUACAAUUUCCAACAUGACAAGUUAACUUUCAUGUUUUUGUCUCCCUUCAACUUCAUCCUAUCUUCUCUCUGCCUUUUUCUUCUCAUUUUUCUUGCAACCUUACCUCGUAGUCCUACCCCCGAGUCAGUUUGCAAAAUCAUGGGUAGUGAGAUAGAUACUAAAUCAAUUGAACCGGUCCGGAAUGCCGUUUCUUUGUUUGGAGAUAAAAGUGAUCAGAAGAAAUAUCAAACUGCGAGGAGUAAGAGUGAAUGUGAAAAAGAAUUUGAGGAGUUGACCAAGGAAUUGGCCAACUGCAAAGUACAAUUAGAAGCAAAGCAUGCUGCACACAUGCAAUCACUUCUUAAGCUGGAGCACAACCAAAAGAUGAUUAAUGAGUUGUCUACCCUGCUGAAGAAAUCUGACCUCGAAAGAAACAAGAACAUGAAUGAAUGUUCAGAUUGCAAGGCUCUUAAAGAUGAACUAGAGUCCAAGGUGAAAGAGAUGGCUGAUCAGAAUUUGGAGACUGCAAAGGUCCGGGACCAGCUUUCACAUGUUUUAAGUGAAUUGAAGGCCACACAAAGGGAGCUUCUUAACAAAGAAACAAAACUUGUUGCUGCUAGAGAUUUAGAACUGAACGCUUUGAAAAAUGCAAAACAAAUGGAAUCUGCCUUGGAGGCCGAAAAGGAACAGAAAGAAGAACUCCUGCAGCAAGUGAAGGAGCUCAAUGAAGUUAUUUACGAUUCAAAACUAGCUGCCAUUGAAUUUGAGAAAGAGAAGUUAGCUAUAUUGUCUGAGAAGGAUGAGAAAAUUGAGUUAGCAACAAAAGCUACUGCUCAAUUAGAACAACAGUUAAAAGAUAUGAGAAAGCAUGUAGAAAUGCUACAAGGAUUACAAAAUCAACCAAUGGAUAAGUCUACACUGGUUGGUUCUCUUCCUUUGGAACCUAUGCAAGCUAAUGAAACACUGGUCAUGGAACUAAAGGAGAGAAAGACCAUGGACCAAUCUGUGUACAUUGAGAGACUAGAAAUGGAAUUGAGUAAGUUAAAACAAGAGCUUACUAUUGCAAAGGAAGAAAGAAAUUCCUUGAAUAUUACUACUGAAUCACUCAAAAGUGAGUUACAUGAGACUAAAGCAGCCCUAAACAUGAACAAGGAGAGUGACAUUGAAGCACAGGUGGAAAUUGCAUUGCUCAAAUCUCAGCUUCAGGAACAUAGGUUGGCUCACAAGAAUGGACAUGUUACUGAAGUUUCCAAAGCUGAUCGGUCAAAGGCAGAAGCUGAAGAGCAAAAUAGUGAGAAUAACAAUGACAGUGUCACAAGCAAAUCCUUAGUUGAGAAGAGAAAUGAAGUUCAAGGAUCGGUAGGGGAAGUUGGAAGAUUUUCAGAGUUAGCAUUGAUGAAAAGGGAGCUGGAAAAUGCAUUAGUGAAAAUUUCUGAGUUGAGGGCACGUGCAGAACAGGCUCUAAGCAGGGCUGAGUUUGCUGAGAAUGCUAAAGCAGCAUUAGAGGACAAAAUAAGGAGACACAGGGAACAUAGGCAGAGAAGGAGGGCUGCACUUACUGCACUUAGGGAGGAAUCUACCCCUAAACCAUUUAGUCCUUCCACAUCAUAUGGAACACCUGGAACCUACCAGCCCUUAGGUAAGGUUCUGAAUAUGAAAAUGUGAAAGUUCAGCUCACAUGUAAGUUAUUACCUGUUAAUUACAUUUACUUAGUGUUCCUGCAAUAGUUGUUGUAUCUAGAGAUGAUAUCAGGUUUGGUCUUAUUUUAUAUUGCAUUAUUCUUAUCCGAAUAUAGUACUAUGUAUGAACAAUGAUACGAGAUUGAUGGUUCUGAUUCUGGCAA